UCUCUACCAACCAGAUCUCGAUGUCAACCCUUAUCUGGCUUUGUUGUAAAAGACCCACAACCCCUCCAGGGCAUUAAGAAAAGAAAACCAAAAUCUGGUCUCUACUUAUCUAAGUCCCCUUGAUCAUCAGCAGACAUGUCAUCCAAUCCCCCGUCCAUAUCCCCCAUAGACGUCUGCACAGGCAAGAGGCCCAACCCCAAAUAUCAUCGAAACCGCAACGGAACCUCGUCCCUCUUGAAAACAGCCCUCCGCGUCUGCGUUUGGAACAUUGACUAUUUCCUCCCCGAAACUUUUGCCGAAGUGCCUUGGUGGAUUGCUCGUAUCAUUUACAACGAGCUUAAAGAAACCGAUACCCUAACCCCGCGAACAUGGAGCCUCUUCCGCCAAGUCUACACCAACUCCGUCUCCCAAGCCUGCCAUCUCAACAUACGCAAACCGUCCCCAAGACCCUCAGUCCCAGCAAUCACUCUCCCACUAUCGCAAAUACCCCUCCAACACCUCACCAUGCUCUGGGUCCACAAUGCCAUCAUGGAAACCGAGAAUCUAAUCUCCCUGCUGGACCUUCGCAAUCUCGCCGUCCUGAAUCUGCAGUUCUCCGUAAGACUGUCUCCGCUCCCGCCUCUGCCGGUCAGGGACAAGAUGAUUUGGUCCUGGGGAAGAGCUGUGAAGGAGAGUGAGGCGUUCAAGAGGUUGAGGGUACUGAUGAUCAGGGGAGAUGGGAUCAGUAUCGGGACGUUGAUGCACGCGGCGACGAACUUCCCAGCACUAAAUCUGGUUAAUCUGAGAUCCCCCGGUCGGAAACUACAGAUUGGCGAAACGCCGCUGGACUUGGAAGCGUGGAAGACGUUGUAUACGAACAAGUCUCCCCUAGAUGAAUGGCAUUCGACCAAUGAGGAAGACGACCAGCCCGAACUCACCCUGAUCCGCCUCAACCUCCCCAUCCGCUCCAAGAUGACCGCUCUCUAUGACUAUGCCGCGAUCCCCGCUCUGGACCAGAAACCCCUCGCCGUCACUGGCGAGACGCUAAUCACCGUGCAUUACGCGCACCAAAUAGACCUGCAUGAACCGCCCCCCAUCUAUGGUCAACCUACGACUGACUCUGAGACGACGGCGGUUGCUGGACUUCGGGGUGACCCUAGUGUGUGGUUUUCCAGGAGGAUCGUCGAGAGAGGGAAAGAUGUGGUGGAGGGAAGCGAGGCGGAUAGGCAUGAGGAGCGAGAUGGAGGCGCGGGUGCGAGGAAGAAGAGGAAGGUUAGGGUGGGGAAGCAGCGGGAUGUGGGAGAGAUGCUGAGAUCGUUGGUCUAGGGGUGCAUGAAGAAAUGGGCAUGAAGAAAUGGGCAUGAAGAAAUGGGCAUGAAGAAAUGGGUAUGAAGAACUGGGCAUGAAGAAAUGGGAGAUCUUCCAGCUCAACUACUCCUCGUAUCUGCGGUAAGGGCAACGCGGGUUGGGUCGAUUUAGUCUUCCUACUCCUAGCUGGUUUAGCUAUGUAAAAGUAGGUUAAAUGAAGCUCUAGCUUGAGCUCCCACGACUGCCUCUCUUCACGUCCGAGUGCAUAACCCCCUGCAUUUCCCUUCAGGCUAGA